UCUUAGACCAUUCUUUUGUUCAGUUGGUAUCUUGUUGUUGACGUCUGAGGACCUUCGUCAGAGUAAGUAUGGGCCGUUGCUGUAAGGCCCUCGGCGAGGAAUGUAGCAUUAGGAAGCUUGGAUUACGAUAUCACGACUCCAGGGCCUUUACCGAUGCCCCGGGCCUGCCACGACCACUGUUCGCUUUCCUUCGCUUAUUUUACGCUGCACUAUCCAUUGGUCACCUGGUUUGGAUUGGCUUAGAUCAACCGACAGGGGGCUGGAUCAUUCACUUGGGAAACUGGAGCCUAGCGGUGACCGCGUUGUAUUUUCUGGUUGGCUCGCUGACCGCAUUCCAUCGCUCGAUGUGCGGAUCCAAAGAGAGUGACCAGUAUGACAGAAUCACCCAAGAUAGCAGUGACCCGUUGAAUUCCAAUUCCUGCGCUUUAAAACCAGACGAGAACGACGACAGCCUACCUCCAACUACAAACCAUCUCUCUUGGCACCACGAGGUCCUGUGGGUGUUACACACCCUCGCCGCAGACAGCUCCUUCGUCUGUAUGAUCGCUUACUUUGCGUUAUUCUUUAAAGUGCGUUACACCUUUCUUGGGAUCCUGGACGUUCCAAAGCAUGUCCUUCAUCUUGUUCUCAUGAUUGUGGACACACUGGCCAGUCACAUCCCCGUGAGGCUUUUUCACGUCAUGUACGCCUACAUGUUCGGUGCCGCGUACGUUGUUUUCACCAUAGUGUUUAUUUUAACGGAAGUGAAGAUUGAUCUCAAUUUAAAUCCAGUAUUUUACCCCUCGCUGGAGUCUGGUGACGAGCCGCUCAUUUACACAGCUUACCUAUCGAUAUUCUUGAUUGUUGGUUUUCCUGUGGCACAAUUAUUUUUCUUUCUUCUACACAAAUUCAGAUCUUGGCUUAUUUCAAGGUGAUUUGGGAAUCAUUUAUGAAAUAAACUCAAAGUAAAAAAACGCAGCGUGUGGAAUUCGUUAAGGAAACUCAGUUUGAGGCUUUGUUAAUACAAUUGUAAAUAAAACGUUCUAACUUUAAAACGUUGGGUGAACAAAACUAAUGUAUGGCUCCUGGAGAAACGUUUUCUACAGCAUGGGCUCAUAACGCUCGAAAUAUUUAUUUCAGCUAACGGUUCAUUCACCAUUACAGUGUUUUUCAACGAAGUCUUGUAAAACCAAAAGCAAAAUAAUUAUCCCUGGCCAAUCUCAAAGGUCACACGGAGAUAUCCCACUGGACCAAUCAAAAAAUCGAAGUUAAUACAAGUAGUCGACGUAAAGCGCGGGAAAACAUGUCCGCGCCACUAACGAUUGCUUUCUCUUUUACUUCUGAUUGGUUGAGAAAGUGGCGCGUUUUUGUUUUUUCUUUUUUUUCAGUAAGCUUAGUAGAGCG